AUGUACUCUUCGUUCCGCCGUCGUAUAUCUGCUAGCUUGUCACCCAGAAAGGUCGUAACAUAUGGCCUCAAUGCCAGCAGAAAGGUUGCUGAAUUGCAGAGGCCCGUGCACCGCCAAUUCGGCACGCUGUUAACCUCCUCACCGAGCUCUGUUCGACUGCGGCAACGGUAUGCAUCCCAAACCCCUGCCGCCUUGCGUAACCUCCACGUCCGCGCCAUUUCAUACUCGUCUAUACCUCGCUUUGUUGCCCGAGCAUUUCGUGUACCGGUAGCUGGUGCUGCUCUCGGAGCCGGCGGGCUUGGUUACGCCAAUUACAAGUUUGAAGAACUGCGCAACAAGUCGAAUGCUUGGAUAUCGUCUGUUCAAGAUGCAGCCUCAGAUUUUAUGGACUCGGCUUCGGACGGCAUCAAGUCUGUCUCGUCUCGCAUAUCUGCGGUCCAAUUACCAGACAUCGAAACGCCUCAGUUCCUAAAGGAUUUAUUUGCAUCUAUGGAGGCCGGUGAGAAGUCGCGAGAAGAUAGCUCACAGGGGGAGUCCUCGACCCCACGAUCGCCGGAAGAGAAUACUGCUAUAGCAGCUCUGAUUGCUGCAACUAUGUCUUCCCCGUCAGAUUCAAAGGCAUCUGACGGGUCUGACGGAAAUGGAUUCGACUCAAAACAAAACCAGCUUAUGCAUCUCACGAGAAAGCUUAUUGAGAUCAGAAGCAUGUUGCUGAGCAUUGAUCAGAGUGACGCGCUGAAGCUCCCAAGUAUUGUCGUCAUCGGCAGCCAGAGCUCAGGAAAGAGCUCAGUGCUAGAAGCCAUUGUGGGGCAUGAGUUUUUGCCAAAGGGCAACAACAUGGUUACUCGCCGUCCUAUAGAGCUCACCCUGGUCCAUACACCUGCCAAGGCUGAUGGCAAGACUCCUGAAGAAUACGGCGAGUUCCCGGCUCUUGGCCUGGGGAAGAUCACCAACUUCUCCCAAAUUCAGCAAACCCUCACUGACCUCAACCUUGCCGUCCCGCCUUCUGAAGCCGUUUCCGAUGACGCCAUUGACCUCCGCAUCUAUAGCCCCAAUGUUCCUGACCUCACCCUCAUCGAUCUACCUGGCUACGUACAGAUCUCAUCCAUGGACCAGCCAGAAACACUCAAGGAAAAAAUUGCAGGUCUAUGUGAGCGGUACAUCCGGGAGCCAAAUAUUAUCCUCGCAGUUUGCGCAGCCGACGUAGAUCUCGCAAACUCGCCUGCCUUGCGAGCGAGCCGAAAGGUUGACCCUUUGGGCCUGCGGACAAUUGGUGUCAUCACGAAGAUGGAUUUGGUGCCCCCUGAACAAGGCGCGACGAUCCUUGCAGGGAACCGCUAUCCCUUACACCUAGGAUACGUAGGUGUCGUUGCUAAAUCGGCAGGGAAGAAGUCCCACUCGCAGUCCGCAGGCGCCGUUGCAAAACGGAGCGAGAAUGAUUAUUUUGGCAACCACCGUGAUUACUUUGGUGCCUCAUCCUCGCUGAUGGUCGGCACCGAUACGCUCCGGCGGCGCUUGAUGGAAGUGCUCGAAUCUUCUAUGGCGUCUUCGCUGCACGGGAUCACCAAUGCUGUGCAGCUCGAGCUCGAAGAGGCUACCUACCAAUUCAAAGUCCAAUACAACGACCGGCGCAUCACCGCCGAGUCGUACGUUGCCGAGACAGUGGACAUGCUGAAGUCUCGGUUCAAAGACUUCACCACGCAAUUCCGGAAGCCGCAAGUCCGUGAGAAGCUGAAGAUGAUGCUAGACGAGAAGGUGAUGGAUGUGAUGGAGCAGCUGUAUUGGCUAGACAAGCGGACGCCGGAGCUGAGCGCACUUGCUGCGGACUCGAAGGUGAAGCCUCAGGAUGUGGAGCCGUAUUGGCGACAUAAACUUGAUGCGGCAUCUUCCUUGCUCACGAAAUCUGGCGUUGGCCGCGACUCCACUCUUCUCGUUGCUGACGGCUUGCGUGCUCUGAUUGAUUCGAUCGUCUCCGGAGACCCUUUCACCUACCACCCUCGAGCGGCUGAAAGGCUGGUGCAGUUCUCGCAUAUGAUAUUGCGGGAGCGUAUUGGUGUGACGUCGGACCAGGUAGAGAACUGCAUCAAGCCGUUCAAGUACGAGGUAGACGUUGAUGAGCGGGAGUGGGAGCAGGGACGUGGGCGUGCAGCGGAGCUAUUUCAGAAGGAGCUCACGAUGUGCGAGAGCAAGCUGAAGGAGAUCAGGAAGAAGGUUGGCGGGAGUCGAAGACUUAAUAACCUUCUAGGUUAUGUCCGGGGCUUGGAGGAGAAGGCGAGAGAGAGGAAAAACAAACGGUUAGCAGGAGAAGAGGACGCGCAGGAGGAACCUGAGUCGUAUCGGUAUCCCCCAGGGCAAAUUCUAGAUGCCCGACAUGCUAUGUUGUACAGUGAUAGGCUGUCCAUUCUUAAGCUUCGCCUGGCCGCGCUCAAGUCAAAGCGGUGUAAAGCAGGCCCCGAGAGCGAUGCACUAUGUCCUGAAGUUUUCUUGAAUGUGGUCGCCGACAAGCUCGCGCAUACCUCCACUAUGUUCAUAAACAUCGAAUUGUUGGAUCACUUCUUCGACCAGCUCCCUCGAGGAAUUGAUUCACGUUUGAUAUAUGACCUCGACCGGAAGGAGAUCGAGGAGUUUGCUAGAGAGAACCCCGUUGUCAAGCGCCACCUCGACUUGCAAGGGCGUAAGGACAAACUUGAGGAGGUUAUGAAACAGCUGAAUAGCUUGUCCACUCUCCGGUCAGAUACCCAACCCGCUCCACGUCGACAGCGUGGGCUUUUUGGAGGGAUGUUCUGA